ACGUACUUGCGUGAGAUACUGGCGAGUUCACGAAAAUCACAUCAUCGUUUUCGACCACAACUUCGAUACAAAUUGAAUCAUUUGGUGCCGCCGCUUUUGCAAACGCGUAAAGCAAAUGCAAGAAAGCAGGACAAAGAGGCGGAAUGCGUAAAUGUCAUCGCGUGUCGCGAUUACUCCUACAAGAUCGAGCGCAGGCGAUCUGAGGCGAUAUUAAAACUCCUGGCUAAACUUAAAAUACGCAAAUCAUCUAAAAGCCAAGCGCAGUCUAACAGUUGCAAAUCCGUGACUUCCAACUAUAGCGUCAGUCAUGCUGGAGAUACGAUGAAUCCACCGUCGCGUCGCAGUACACGCGAAAAUGCAAUUAACAAAGAACCGACCGACACGAUAGUUGCUACGAAAAGUAAAUUGGAAUCAAAACCCACGGUCAUAUCCUAUGAUUAUGAGGCAGCUAUUAGUCAGCCCGAUAUCCCCUCGAAAAUUGAUAAUAAUACGCAGAACCCGAGCUGGUCGGACUCCAGCGACGGAUUAUCGGCGCCGAUCAAGAAGAGAAGUCUUUAUACUCGCGGAAAAGUAAAUGUAACUACUAAAAAGAGAGGCAUUGUUUUUAAAUCGAAAAUACAAACGAAAAAGGUUACGAAGAUUCAUCCGCAGCAAAUUUCCAAUGUCGUCGAGAUUAAAAAAGAAUCGAUAUCUUCCUCGGAAAUUACUCGAGAUACUGAAAAUUUUGGAAAAGAAAAGAUUGACGCUGUUACUGCGAGUCGCGAAACAUCGCUUAAUCUUCAUCAAGUUUGUCUUAACAAUUUUUUUUCUUACGAUUAGAUCCUCUAUUAACUUUGCAUUAAUUUAUGUAAUAUUUAGAAAAAUUUGGUGCAUUCGAGAGACAUUCAAAAGCCGCCAGAAAUAGCGGAAAAUGAUAAAAACUUUAUGAACGUAGUUGUUCGCGCAUCUCAAGAAAAUUCAUACGACGAAGAAAAUUCUAAAAAAAUUGAUAAAAAUGCAAGAUUGUAUAUUUCACAAAAUAAGACUAGCAAAAUUCCGCGCAUAAAGCCUAAUUCCUUUUCAUCUGCAUUUGAAGAAUCUCAUGUUUAUUCAGUAUAAUUUUUUGAUAUAUCUAUUAUCGAUUAAAAUAUUUAGCUUAUUAAGACACUUAUUUUUUAAAUUUCUUGAUUUUAAAUAACAGAAUAGAAAAGUGCCAGUGAGGAAUAAAUUAAAAUGUUUUGUAAAUAUGAAAUCACCCACAGAAUACAGUGAAGAAAAAAAGUUAGUGUUCGAAUAUAUAAAAUAUAUAAAAUAAGAGAAUGUGGCAAAGAGAGAGAUUGUAAUUAGUAGAAUAAAUGUACCAGUAUAUAAUCUCGUUAAAGAAAAAGAAAAUAUUACAUCUUAUAUUUAUUUAUAUAGAAAACAAUAUAAUUACAUUUUUAAAUAUAGGGAUAUAUAUACAAUAUAUAAUUACUUAUUUUUAAUUAAUUUAUUACAAACGAUUAUAAAUUUA